UGUUUACAUUUUCCCAAAACCGGUAUUGUUUUCAAGCGGAGCAUUAACGAAAAUUCUGUGCGGAGUGUUUGCUAAAAUGUUUAACGCUUCCCGCGAACGACAAUCAGAAGAGUGAUUCAGUGGUUCUUUAUUUUUAACACAAAAAGCAAACCAAGCACAAUCGGUUUCUCUCAAAGUGAUUUAUUGCAAAGUGGUGUAUACAGUAUUAAGAAACAGCUCUGUCCAACCAUGUCCAGUGGUGAAAGUAGUGAUUCCGGUGACCCAUCCAACGCAAGUGCUACACCGUCGAUGAGCUCCCGUGAGACAGCGGCCAACGUAAUGCUGACCGAUUCGGAAAACACAAACAACGAGAACCGUGUAAUCGAGAUGGAGUCAAAUCCGGGCACGGAAGAUCCCGAAGGAACUCCUCCUCCACCGACCAGGGACGUGGAACAAGCUAAUGAACCUACCACGGGUACGAGUGUCCCCGAAGGGGAGAAACAGGUUGAUGAAUCUGGCGAGAAGGAAAAACAAACACCAGACGACAAUACGGACACGUCCACGUCCAAAGCGGGGAAAGAUCAGUAUGCCGAGCAUGUAACGUACAAUGAGGCAGGAGAAGCAAUUUACACCGAUCCGGCCACAAAGUACCAGUACCGCUGGUGCAAGGAAAAAUCCGAAUGGGUUCCACGGGACGGACAGGCACCACCGUCUGGUACGGCGGGCGAAACACCGGUGGACAAUCCGUACGAGAAUGAACACUACCGGUGGUGUCACGAGAAGAAGGAAUGGAUCCCGAAGCAGCAAACUCCAACCGAGACGGAAUUCUACCGCUGGGAUAAGGAGGCGCAAAAAUGGGUACCGAAAGAGCAACCAAAAGCUCCGUCCGAGGAGGACACCAGUGCACAACAGGAUCGUCAGUACGGGUACGAGGAUGGUGUGCACACGUACAAGGAUAAGGAUGGGGCGGUGUACUUCUGGGACGACGAACGGAAAGCCUGGUUCCCGAAGGUGGAUGAUGAUUUUAUGGCCAUGUAUCAGCUGAACUACGGGUUCAUCGAUAACACCGGUUCGGGUGGAAGUGUCCCAUCCCAGACCUCAUCUAAGGUGACUCCCGGUGAGCCGGUGCCUGGAAGAGAACUCCCCGGACGAUAUGUCGCCGGUGAAGAUGAUGAUGAUGAUGAUGCUGAUGCUGAAGAACAGCAGGCCGAGGCACAGCGGGCUGCAGCAGCGAAGGGCAAGAAGCGGAAAGCUCCACCGGAACCACCGAAGUGGUUCGACCUGGCGCCGGAACACAACACGAAGGUGUACGUGUCCAAUCUGCCGACCGACAUUAGUGAGGAAGAGUUUGGUGAAGUGAUGUCCAAGUGCGGUAUGGUGAUGAAGGAUCCGAAAACGCACAAGCUGAAGCUGAAGCUGUACCGGGAAGCUGAUGGUACGCUGAAAGGUGACGGGCUGUGUCACUACAUCAAGAUCGAGUCGGUAGAUUUGGCGCUCAAAAUUCUCGACAACUACGAGGUGCGCGGCCACAAGAUCAAAGUGCAGCAGGCCGAAUUCCAAAUGCGCGGCGAGUACAAUCCAACCCUGAAGCCAAAGAUGCGCAAAAAGGAGAAGGAGCGGCUGAAGAAGAUGCAGGAAUCGCUGUUUGACUGGCGCCCGGAAAAGAUGCGUGGCGAACGUUCCAAGCACGAGCGUAUCGUCAUCAUCAAGAACCUCUUCGAACCGUCGCUGUUCGAUCGCGAGGUGCAUCUGCUGCUCGAGUACCAGACCGAUCUGCGCGAAGAGUGUGGCAAGUGUGGCACCGUCCGUCGGGUGCUGCUGUACGAUCGGCACCCGGAAGGGGUGGCUCAGGUGACGAUGGGCGACCCGGAAGAGGCUGACCUGGUGGUGCAGAUGAUGAACGGGCGUUACUUCGGUCAGCGGCAGCUAACGGCCGCGAUCUGGGACGGGCGAACAAAGUAUCGAAUUGCCGAAACUGAUGCCGACAUCGACAAGCGGCGCGGUAACUGGGAGGAGUUCCUCGAAACGGACGAAGCUGCGGCUGAUAAGGGAAAGGAUGGCUCGUCCGCGAAGGAAGCGAACGUCGCGAACGAGGAGACAAAAGCCGAGCGGCCGGAAAUGAAGUUGGACGACCGGGAGGAACAACUUCCGGCCGUGGCAACCGGUGACACUGCGACGAUGGAGACUGGCGGGUCGGCUGGCAGCGAAGGUGACGACGACGAGGAAAGGGACGAGAAGGAUCAGCCCGUUUAGAGAUGCGAUGAUCGAUUGUAAUUGAUUUACGGGCAAUGGGAAAGCGUCUUCGUCGACCCAACUCAAGUGAAUAAAAGCCGAAAAUGGUUACCGGA